AGUCUCUGGUAACAACACGUCGUCAGACUUCUUCCACCAUGAGGGCAGGAAUGCAGAUACUUGGAGCAGUGCUUCUCAUUCUAGCAACAGCACAUGGGAAAGUUUUUGAGAGAUGUGAACUGGCAAAGGCAAUGAAAAUGAUGGGUCUGGAUGGUUUCAAGGGGUACAGCCUUCCAAAUUGGGUGUGUACAGCCUACUAUGAGAGUUCCUUUAACACCAGGAGCACAAAUUUCAACAGGGGAAAUAACAGCACUGACUACGGCAUUCUCCAAAUCAACAGCCGUUGGUGGUGUUUGGAUGGGAAGACCCCAAGCCCUCACAAUGCUUGCAACAUUAAUUGCAAUGCUCUGCUGAGUGAUGACAUCUCUGCGUCUGUUCAAUGCGCCAAACGCGUUGUAAGUGAUCCUAAUGGCAUGGCUGCAUGGGUUGCCUGGAGGAACCACUGCAAAGGAAAAGACCUCUCUGGAUGGAUCCAGGGAUGUGGGCUUUAACAACAGAUGCCCAGUAAUGCAGCAUAAAAAACACUUUCUAUCAUGCUUUCAUUGUGUAAACCUUUGCCAUGUAAUACACUGUAAUUCUUUUUGAGACAAGUAAAACAGGUAUGGUUAGCAGAAA